AUGUAUGACCUCCUUACUGUUCUCAUGAACUAUUUCAACACUGUUCUCAUGAACGACCUCCUCACUGUUCUCAUGAACUAUUUCAUCACUGUUCUCAUGUAUGACCUCCUUACUGUUCUCAUGAACUAUUUCAUCACUGUUCUCAUGUAUGACCUCCUUACUGUUCUCAUGAACUAUUUCAUCAUUGCAUUCAUGUAUGACCUCCUCACUGUUCUCAUGAACUAUUUCAUCACUGUUCUCAUGUAUGACCUCCUCACUGUCUUUCAUAAGCGUUUCAAA